ACGGUUGUCCGUAUACUCUGACGCUCACGUCGCAGAUGACAAAAUAUUAGACAACGAAUUACUGAGAAAUUCAUUAUUUGUGUUAGGAUUUAUUUAAGAGCAUCCGUUCAUCGCAAAAAUUUUCACUGGAUUGUCGGAGUUACAAGGAAUAAUAAAGGGCAAGCGAUGGAGCAUAAAAUUACCGAAAGCCAGUUGUCCCAAAAGCCAGGGGAUUGGAUUUUAGAGAUGUUUUCUCCAGCUUUUGUGAAUUCAAAGGAUGCAAUAGAAGACAGAGAUAAAGGACCUGAGUUAGAAUGCCAACCAAAAAUCAAGUUUGUCUCAGCCUUUGAUCCAGAAUCCAUUCAAAGGGUUUAUCAACGAGUCCAUUUGAUGCUCAAAGCAGAUGAAGAGAUCAGAAAUCAAGUAAAAGAGGAUCAAAGAACAUCACAGACAGAACCAAGUCUUGAAGCUGAAUUGACCAUACAACAUGAUAAAAAAAUUGAUCUUCGUGACUCCACCAUCUGGAAUUCAGAAGAACUUUCAGUGUUACGAAAUGUUUUUCAAGCCGCUAAAGGUCAGAUCAGUGAACUGGAAGCAAGACUUCAACAGGCAGAGUCUCGUAACACUCACUUGAAAGAGAAUCUCAGAGCUCAAACGAAAGAACUUGAGACCAAAUCUACAAAGCUUUCAGAAGCCACAAAAGCAAAUCACAGACUGGCAAUUCAUGUUGAGGACCUGCAGCGUCAGCUGAAAGGUACAAGUAUGAAGCUGGAUGCAGUGACUGAGAUGUGGAAGGAGAUCGAUCAGGAGAAGCUAAAGAUGAUGAAGCAGAUGCAGGAGAUGCGCUUGGCUAUUGACAGUGAACGUAUUGCCCGUAAACAAGCAGAGCAGAAACUUCUGGAAGCAAAUCAGGAGAUUAUAAGGGAGAAAAUGAUAGCUGAGGAGAAUACCAAAGCCAAAUAUGAACACAGAAUUUUUAAACUGGAGGAAAGGGUACAAAAAGCAAGUGAGGAUCUAGAAGAAGAGAAACAGUUGCACGCACGCUCCAAGAAGGCUCUUGAGCACCUCCGAAAUCAUUUUGCUAGUUUGCCUCUUCAAGAUGUUUUACCUCCUAGUGUUAUAUCCAAGGACCAGGUGGCACACAUUGAUUAUAUUGGUACAUGAAAUAAUGGAAAUACUAUGACAGUAUCUUGUUUAUCUGUGACUGUGUAAAGCACAAUGUGAUACUUGAUAAAAACAUUAAAAGUUGUAGCAUCACC